AAUCAUACUCGUGGCGAGAACAGCCAAAUAAAUAUUCUAUGAACGAAAAGCAAUAUUUUUGCCGCCUAAAAAGUUUGAAAGAGUUUAUUAUUUAGUUCCACUCAGCUUUAAACACUCCUUACAUCGAUACUCUCGAAUUUCGAUGUAAAUUUCGUUUCAUGUUUGUUAAUAGUUAAUACUCUUGAAUAGGCAGUCAGCCAGUCACAGUAUGGCGGCCCGGGAGGCGGUGAAAUCUGCUGCUAGGCAAGUUAGGCCGAUAUUGUCUGUUGACAGAACUGAAGCACGGAAAAGAGUGUUGAAUUUAUAUAAAGCAUGGUACAGACAAAUCCCUUACGUCGUUAUGGACUACGAUAUUCCCAAGUCUGUUCCGCAGUGCAGGGCUAAAUUAAGAGAGGAAUUUGAGAAAAAUAGACAUGUUACCGACAUCCGUGUGAUAGACAUGCUCGUCAUUAAGGGACAAAUGGAACUGAAAGAAACUGUACAGAUUUGGAAGCAGAAAGGCCAUGUGAUGGCUUACUUUAAAGAAACACAUGAACCAAAACCAACAGAUUUUCUUUCAAAAUUCUUUGCUGGCCACCAGUGAAAUGUUUGUAGUUUUGUAAAAAUAUUUGUAGACGUGUAUAUAUAAAUUAAAUUUUACACAAGUCA